GUGAGAGGGGCAGUUGCUGGGGAAGAAGAGGAACGGCGGUGGCCGCCGAGGCGCUUAUGGCGUCGCCGACAUCGGGGCUGGAGCCCAACGUCCCGGCUAGUGAUGCUGCACCCGCAUUUCCUCCCCCGCCCCGCCCCCCGUCCGGCACGAAGGCCGUUGAGAAGUCCAGCGGCGCGAGACCAACUGUCCGCGCAUCACUCGCCUGCUUCCCCCCCCCCCCCCCGCGGAGCGUUCGUUGCGCUGGCACUUCACGACGCGGGAAGGCCCGCGUUGGGGAAAGCGGGUGGGUGAGAGGAGGAGAGCGCGCAAGGGACUUGGAGGCGCUUCCUGCUUUCUCCUUCCCUGCGCAGUUCAAGCAGCACGGCGAGCAAUUUACAAUGCAGUUGUAACUAUGCCUACUCAGAAGUAUGUCCUAUUGAAUUCAAAGGAACUCCCAGUAUUUCUGUGAUGAUGAUACUUGAAGAAAAAUACAGCCAAGGAAAGAUAGGCCAGAAGGCUUUUUCCUAGAAUUACCUUUUUUCUAGGAUUCUUCUUGCAAAGCAGUAUUGAACCUGACAGGAUUGGAUUCCCUUCUACAUGGAAACAUCAAACAAGGGCCUGCCAAUGUGUUGUCGAAGUUAAUUGAAUUGUUAUAGAAAAUCGUCAUGGGAGGAGCUGUGAGUGCAGGAGAAGACAAUGAUGAUUUAAUUGAUAACUUGAAAGAAGCACAAUAUAUUCGCACUGACAGAGUGGAGCAAGCCUUCAGAGCUAUUGAUCGUGGUGACUACUACCUGGAAGGCUAUAGGGAUAAUGCAUAUAAAGAUUUGGCUUGGAAGCAUGGAAAUAUACAUUUAUCAGCCCCUUGCAUUUAUUCUGAAGUCAUGGAAGCUUUGAAACUUCAGCCAGGAUUGUCUUUUCUUAAUCUGGGUAGUGGAACCGGCUAUUUAAGCACAAUGGUGGGAUUAAUAUUAGGCCCUUUUGGAAUAAAUCAUGGAAUAGAACUUCAUUCAGAUGUGGUGGAAUAUGCCAAGGAAAAACUGGAGAGCUUCAUAAAAUAUAGUGAUAGUUUUGAUAAAUUUGAAUUUUGCGAACCUGCCUUUGUAGUUGGCAACUGCUUGCAAAUCUCAUCAGAUAGUCAUCAAUAUGACCGGAUUUACUGCGGAGCUGGCGUACAAAAAGAUCAUGAGAACUACAUGAAAAUAUUAUUGAAAAUUGGAGGCAUUCUAGUUAUGCCUAUUGAAGAUCAGAUAUCAAAGGGCUUUUCUACGCUAACCCAAAUACUGAGAACUGGACAAAAUACUUGGGAAAGCAAAAACAUCCUUGCUGUUUCAUUUGCUCCACUUGUGCAGCCAAGCAAGAGUGACAGCAGCAAAAAUGAUACUGUGGGACUUCCCCCCUGUGCUGUUAGGAAUCUACAGGACUUGGCUCGGAUCUACAUUAGGCGCACUCUUAGAAACUAUAUAAAUGAUGAGUUGCAAGCCAAGGGUAUUAUUCCAAAACCUCCACCCAAACGCAAACGCAGACGGUGCCGUAGGCGCAGGAUUAACACCUAUGUGUUUGUAGGGAAUCAGCUCAUUCCUCAGCCUCUAGAUAGUGAAGAAGAUGAAAAGAUGGAAGAAGACAACAAAGAAGAGGAUGAUAAAGAUCACAGUGAAAUCUUGAAGCCAGAAGAACCCCCAAUAAAUUUAUUGCGGGAAAGAAUUAUGAGUCUACCACUUCCUGAAUCUCUAAAAUCGUACUUGACAUACUAUAGAGAAAAAUAAUUUGUUUUAAGUAGAUGUGAUAAUGCCUACUUGAUAGAUCCAUUAUUCUUGAAAUGUAGCAUUUACUAAGAAAAACAUGGACAGAUUUCAGUGGUCUUUCAGUAAGACUAAAGUGCAGUGAUAAAAUGAAACAUAACUUGUCUUAACUUUGCUACAAGGACUUGCACUUAGCAGCAAACUCCUAUUUUCAAUUCAUUUUUGGUUACCUUUUGAAAAAUGCUCUUUUAACUCUGAUAGAAAUAUAUUCCAAAGCAGUAUACCGCACUAAUUAAGAGUUUGCAUGUGAUAAAUCUCUUUUCCGCUCUGACAAAUUUGUAUUUAUGAGAGUUGGUGAAAUUUUAUAUGUGUGAAUAAUUGAAUGACUACAUUCAGACAUCAAAUGAGAACUGUCUGCAUUAAUUCUCUGGAGGAAGUUUUUGAACAUAUGGGCAGUUCAUCUCAUAUUGAAUUGGAAAUCUUUAUUUUUGCCAUAGCUGUAUCACAAUCAUCGUUACUGUGUUGAUGUGAAUGUAUUCCAAGGAAUACAUGAGUGCAAUAACUGUGUGCAGACACUGAAUGAGCUGGCUUUAAAGAAAUAUGAACAUUCAAGUUCAAAAAUGUCAGUAGGCCCUGCUACACUUUAUUUUAUAUAUUAUCUUGCCAAAAGAUCUCAAGAAAAGUGACUGCUUCUCUUUCAGAGCCUUAAAAAACUUUUGUUGACUAUAUAAAUUUUUAAAAAUAUAGUACAACCCCGUUUCUUUAACACCAGCCGAUGAUAGUCAACAAUUUCUCAGACUUUCCAGCAUUUAUGAAUAAGCAUUUAGUUUCUUUUUUAAAGUUCAUGGUACAGAAAGCAUAUUUCAUAUAUUAAAGAUUGUAAUUUAGGUUUCAACUACUUACUACUUUAUAGAGUAGAAUAUGUAAAAAGAUUAGCUUGUAUUGCUUAUUUGCAUAGCUGUAAUGGUAGGAUUUUCUUUUUUAAGAAAAAAGGUUAAGCAGGUGCACUUUAAGUGGAAUCUGUACUUAUUUAUCUCUGAUAAGACAAGGCAUUCAGUUCCUACAUUUGCUAUUGAUACUCUUCCUUUUGGAAAUUAUUAGUAGCAUUGCAAGCUUAUAUGCUUACAUUGCUUGACUAUAUUCCAUCUGCCAGCCCACUGCUUCACUGGUUUAUUUAAUGGCAUUGCUUGAAGGGGUUGGUAUUUUUUUUUAAUUUUUGCAUGAUGGACUAUGUAAUUUUCACUAGCUUUAUAAUUUAGUGUAAAAUAUCAAUGAAAUAAAAUGGAGCUCAAGAUAUGCUGUAAAAACUGCUACUGUUAUGGACACCUGAUUUGUUUGGGCCCAAUCAAAAGCAUUCCUUGGGGACUAUUUACUAUCUAGUUAUAUCAUAAAACAAUUAAAAUUCUUAAGAUAAAAUCAGGAUAUAUGGUGAGCAUUUUACAUAUUCUCAGAGCCUGAUAGUUUAUAGAUGGAAACCAGUUAAACAACACCUGAUCUAGCAGUCAUGGUUUGUAGCAUCCACUUAACAAUAUAAAGAAUAACUUAAUAGGUCAUUGUCUAUGAAGUACAUAUUUUUACUUAACAGGUUGUAUUUCAUGCUUUAAUUUGCCAACUAAUUUCCCACCUCCAUAUUUGCAAUACUGAAAAUUCAGCUCCAUAAAAAAGUUCUGGUUUAACUAGCUUGUUGAGUUGUUUGCAGGAAAUGUACACUAAUGUGUAAAUAUACUUAUUGCUGGAAAUAAGUAUGCCAGCCUUGUUUCACAGCAAUAAAACCUUUAAAAAGUAGAGAGUUUCCUAUUAUAGUAAAACUACUGCAGUAGUUCUGAAGGUUUAUCUGUGGGGAGCAUUGACUAUAGCACAUCUUAUUUUAUUUUAUUAGAAGAAAUGAAGUUUUAGGCAUUCUGAAUUUUAAGUUGUACCUUGUAUUGGAAUUUCAUCCUUUUUGGAAUUUAUUCAUAUUUUUUCAGUUUUCAGAGUAAAAUAUUAAAGAAUUUACAAGGAGAGACCUUUAGUCAGGAGACUUUUGAAGAAUGACUUUGUGUGCUUUUCCAUUCUGUUGUACUCUUGUUCAAAUAGAUAAUAGAGUAGUUAUGAAUAUGCAUUAUGUAAUUUUUGGAGUCACAGAAGCAAUGUUUCUUUGGUCUUUGUGGGGUUUUUUCACAUCCUUUGAUUUAUAUUUACUUUUAAAAGUAUAAAAAUGCAAAAUGAAUCAAAAUUAAACUUUUGUCAUAAUUACAAUAAAAUGUCUGGUGAUUUUGUGCUGAUUAAAACUCAAUUAUUGUUUCUUUUUGCUUGGCUUUUUUGCUUAGUGAUCUGAAGUUUGAGAAUUGAAAACUUCAAAAAUAUAAUGCCACAGUUGAAAGCACUGGUGGGAAGCUUGAACAUCAUUAUAUCAGUAUAUUGCUAUUUGUGUAAAAUGACAAAAGGUAAAAUAGCCUGUCAUGACAUCACGUAAGGACUACUAACUAUAACAAGCCACAGGUGAAAUGAACUGGCUUGCUAGAGGAUGUGAUUGCUGCUACUCCGUGAUUGGAUUCUGUACCAUAUCUAUAAGGAAUGAAUUCUAGAGUAAUUGCCACACUGGGCCUCUUUCAGCAAGAAGGGUGGAUAUAAAUAGAAUAAACGUAGGGCUUUUUUUCAGCCAGAAUUCAUUGGCACUAUUGCCACUAUAAAAGAACUAGGGAAGCGUUUACGGCACCUCUUUUUCUAGAAACAAAACACUGAGUAAAUGAUAAUAGUAAGCAUUGAGAACCUGUGACUCCAGGUGUUAAUGGACAUCCAAUUACCCCUCAACCCCAGCCAGAAUAGCCAGUGAUCAGGAAGGUGCAGUCCACCUGAGAAUCUCAGGUUAGCCACCCCUCCUAUAUACUCUUCUCAGCUUAUAUCACAUAUCAUCAGGUUCCUAUGAAGUCCACCUAGAACAAAAUUGGCAUGCACAUCUCUUCCCAGACAACCAUGUUCACUCAAUGAACAUGAAAGUGUAGGAUAAUUGUCACAGGUGAAUUAACCUUGUGUGCCAUCUUUCUGUGUGCAGUACUCAUUCAUUCAUCAUGAAUGAAUUAAUGUGCAGUUGGUUGUAGAUAAAAAUGUAUAUAACAAAAUAGUUUAAAAACAAUAGAGGUAAGAAAGAACAGUGGAGAGAAUAGUAGGUCAAACCAACCAGCAUUCUCAAUCUACAUGUAAGGAUGUGUAUCAAAAGUUGGCCAGAGCCCUCUGAUGGCCUUGCUUCCCUAGAUUCUACCCAAAUUCUGUAAAUGAUCAAUCUGUUUUCUGCUCUGGUAAUGAGACCUUUGGCUGUAUGCAAUAUCUAGUACAAGAGCUUUUGCACUAGUGGAGGAAUGAGUUUUAAUGUUGCAGAGCAGAAGAAUCACAUGUUACCGGACACUUGUGUAACAGGUUGUGCAAUCUAUUGAGCAGCAAAGUUACUGGCCAUAUGCUUAUGUUGUCAGUCAGUCAGUCAGUUUUAUUACAGCAAGACCCAGCAAUACAAAACAACACAACUCCAAACAGAAGAUCGGCAAUAUCAUCAUCGGAGGGCAGGACAAAUUGUUAUAAUACAAUAAAAGAGAUUUACGUUUUUUAAUAGCUAAGGUGCAAAAUUUGGCCACAGUGUAGGAUACUGAGCUCAAAGAAUCUUCCAAAAGGAAUUUACGUAAUGUUUCGGGGGGAAAUUCCAGAUAAUAUUGCAAGGGUAUGAAUUUUGAUAAUAGGGGUAAAAUGAGUCGCGAUCGUUCUUCACUAUAGAGUUCACAAAAUAAAAGAAUGUGAAUAACAGAUUAUUGGACAUGCAUGGGCAAAAGCGCUCAUCGAUUGGAACACGCAAGAAUUUGCUGUGUAACACAGCUGAAGGCAUCGCAUCAAAUCGAGGUCUGGAGAAGGCCCAUCUAUAAGAUUCAUAAGUAAUAUUGGAUAGAUAUGGGGCAGCUGCCAAAUUAGGCCAAGAUUUUAGACACCUGUAGUUCUCUGAGUAAAGCAUCUUCUUUUUGCAGUUCAAUAUCGAAAAGCCUCUGAGUAAUAAUUGUGUUUGCCUUAUUCAAAGUACCAUUAAAGAGGUCAUCUGGGUUUAGGCCAAUUUGUUUGAUCUUGUUAGUAAUUUGCGUAAGCCAAGGUGGAUAAGGGGCUGCGGCCAGAAAAUGAGAUGACAUUCCCUUUGGGUUAUAAUGAAUUUUCAACAAGAGGGAUAUUGCUUGUUCCCAGACUUUUAAUUCAACUCUGGGCAGUCCUGCCUCUUGCCUUAAUAUUACAUUAGAUGUGCUCUUAGGGGUGCUGAAUAGGGAUCUGAGAAAUUUUUAUUGGACUGUUUUCAUAAUCUUAAAAUUGGCAAAGAGUCCAAUUUGUGAACCGUAUAGAAGUUGGACCAGAGAUUUUGCCUGAAAGACUUUUAAGGCCAUAGGAAGGAAACCAGCACCUUUCCUUCUAAAUAGUCUAAGAAUGGUGUUAGCACUUCUUUCUGCUAAGGUGGCUGAUGCGGUCAAAUUUGCUGAGAAUUUGGCAUUGUAAGAGAAGGUGAUGCCUAAGUAUUGGAAGUUCUUCGUUUGAUCUCUGGCAUUUCCCUUCAUAUUCCAAUUGUGUUUCCUAAAGGAGUGGCCAAAGCGGACAAUUUUCGUUUUAGCAAAAUUAAUUGUUAGCAGUUCGGUGUUACAGUGAUCACUGAAUUUCUCUAACGCUCGUUUCAAGCCAACUUUGGUUUGAGAAAGAAGUACAGCGUCAUCCGCGUACAUUAAAAUUGGAACUUUUCUGCCACUGGAAAACACAGGUGGGUGAGUAUCAAUUACAUGCAAACGUGAUUAACAUCCUUGUCUGACCCCUUUUUGAAGUGGAAUUCCAUUGGAAAGUCUGCCAUCCUGUGCAAGUCUUAUCUGAAGGGUAUUAUUUUCAUGUAAUUUAAUUAACAGAAGCUGAUGCCCAUAUCAGCCAGUUUAGCCCAAAGCCUUCCCCUAGACACAGAAUCAAAUGCUGCCUUUAUGGUAGAUCCACAUACAGUGACUUUUUCCAGUGUUUCACAUAUUUGUAGAUGAAAUAGUCAAGCACUAGACAAUGAUCAAUAGUAGAGCGGCCACAUAUGCUUAUGUUCGCAUAUGCUUAUGUAUUUGCUUCUGCAACGG